UGGCAACAGAUCAGUCAAUGCAGGGACCGCACCACACGAACAACUCCUGUCAGUUUGUCUGAGGCUCGGUGUGUGCGGUAUUCUUAACGUCAGCUCAGUCGUUAGCCAUUUAUAAACUAACGUCGUAUUUUAAAAAAAAUGUGUGUGUCGUGAGGUUAUUUGAUUUAAUCAUCGGGCUUUCAAUCGGGCAACAUUAGCCGGCUUAUUUAACGUUAGCUAACGUCAGAUUAACAUUGCGUUUGUAUUCUAUCGAUCGACACCGGUUUGUUUUUUUUAGGUUGAAAGGAGCCUUAAAAGAGAAUGCUGGAGUCAAUUAAAGUGACAGAAAGACUCCACUGGCCAGAAGUAGAAAUGUCCAAAAAGUACAUCUUAAACUGUGCAGACAAGGCAUUAAGUCCAAGCCAUGUGUACCUGGAGAAGAUUUCAUCUGGUAUCCUCAAAGACCUUUGCAGCACCGGCUCCAGCAACUACAACGUCCUGCUGCAGGCCGAUGAGAAGAAGAACCAAAAGCAGUCCCCGUGCAAGAGGCCAAAGGCCUCGGUGAAAUGCGGCGCCGCAUCCAGCAGAAGAAACCGCCCGGUCGUGGCUCCUAAGAAGCUGCGCGCACCCGAAAGCGUCGGUAGAUCCGCGCAGACAAAUCGUGUUCUCUCAGGCAACUCCCAUCACUCAAAACCAGCGAGGAGCAUCGCCGUGGUGGGCAGCGGCAUGGGCCUGACCCCCCGUGCAGGUCCACAGCCGAGAAAAACGUGCAGCCCCAGCUCCCCCCGAAGUAAAGCGCCCUCGCCGCAGAAAGCAGCAGCAGCACCCCCCCGGGAGGCGGAGAACGCCAGGAAGCUCUGCCUCCUGACAGCCAUCAAGCCGUCCAAUGUUCAGAAAGAGAAGGCCACGUUUUUCAAGUCCGACUUCACCUACAAUCCACAGUUCGAGUACAGCAACCCGGUCUCUCCGGUGGUUCUGGGACGCCAUAACAGCGCCUCAGACCGCUUCCUGACACAGGCAGUGCGCAUCAUGGAGCUGGCCCUGCAGCGAUACGGCAGCUACGAGAAGUUUGAGCAGGCGACCGGGGGCAACCUCCUCACCAAGAGUCGCGUGUGGCUCAACAUCAAGAAAUACAUGGAGAAGGAAGGCUGCUUGGGGGAGAUCGUGGCCCAGGUGACAGACGACCUCCUGUCCAGAGCCUCCAUGACGGUGGUGAACAGCAGACCCACACUGACCAUCAACAUCUCCACAGCCAGAGAGCACUGGCUCGAGGGCAUGCUGCGGCACGAGAUCGGCACACAUUAUUUCCGUGGCAUCAACAACUGCCACCAGCCAUGGAGCAGCAGCGUGGGCAGGAAGAAGCACAACCUGAAGCCCGUGAACCCCACGGAGGAGGGCCUGGCCAGCAUCCACAGCGUCCUGUUCAGGAAAGACCCCACGCUGUGGCGCGCCGCCCUGCUCUACUACACCGUCUAUCAGGCCAGCCGCAUGUCCUUCGCUCAGCUCUUCCACAAGCUGGGACGCUUCGUCCAGGACCCCGACACGCGCUGGGACUACUGCGUCCGAGCCAAGAGGGGCCAGGCCGACACCGCGCAGCCAGGCUGCUUCAGUAAAGACCAGGUCUACCUGGACGGUGUCCUGAAGAUCCUCAGGUACAGGGACAAGAUUGACUUCCCACUGCUGUUGGCUCUCGGAAAGGUGUCAUUCGAGGACGUGGACCGCCUGAAGGCACUCGCCCAGAUGGAAAACGUCCGCAUCCCGCACUUCAUGCAGGACCAGGCGAGCUACGCGGAGCAGCUGGAGAAAAUCAUGGCGGUCAACCAGCUGACCGACGAGGAGCUCAAGGCCAUGAUCUGAGGCGGCUCGGCUCCACGACGCGACCCCUGAAAGCGUCCACCACAGCCUCGGCGGCGCCACCCCGCACGCGGCAGGCAGAGAGCGCACGUCAUGUUCGCCGGAUCCAUUAGCGACGCGUUAGCCAUCACCAGAGAAUCGUUCCAGCGGUGUGAUUACCUUUUUCUUUUUCUUUUGGUGCCAGUGCCAAUAGAACAAUGAAUUGUUGUUCAAUACCAAUAAUGAUAUAUAUAUAUAUGUUUUUUUUCAUCAUUUGUUUUGAUUACACUCUCUGACACUGUUUGGUCUUCGGUUUGAUAGUUUUCAUUAAUAUUUCCCCAAAAGCUUGUUCUAAUAUUAGGUCAGGUUAUAAAUGAGGUAUCAUUUAGAACCUGACCGGCUUUUCAUCUCAUCUUUAUAUUGAAGACUUAAACGUCUUGUUUUAGUUUUUCAUUCACAUAAAGAUAUUUCAUAAGGAUCUCUUGAAUUUAUUGUAGUUUGCUAUUUUUUGUUGUUGAAUAAUAAUAAAUUACCUAUAGGCUUUUGCGAUUGGAAUAGUUCAAAUGACGUUAUAGUUUGCUAAUAUUCCUAAUAUUAAUCUCUCAACAUAUAAAUACAUAUACACAUGCACAUAUGUCUCUACAUCUCACAUGUGGAUCUCUAUCCACUGAUUUAAUCACUGAUUUGCCGUCAUAAUUAGCCGAUGGCAUCAGCUGUGAUUUAACAGUCGUCAGAAUGAUGCCACAGAAGCAUCUACAAUUAAAUAAUUCUGACUAAUUUGUGGACCUGUGCAUGAAUAAGUUUGCUUAAGCAUCUAAAACACACUCUUUGUCCUUCUGUGAUGCACCUGUGAUCGAAGUGUACUUACCUCGUGUUUUAUAUCCGUCUCUUUAGUCGAGACGAACACAUUCUUGCACUUUUUUUUUUUAUUAUCCUCUAGCAACCACUUAGGGUUUCUAUUUUUGUAGUACGAAUGAUAGGCAUUAAAAAAAAAGAAAGUUGUUAGCGGAGAGAAAGAAGAAAAGCUCUGCCUUUCUAGAGAGAAAUGGACAGAUAACGUGUGAGUGUUUCAUCGGGCCAGUUAUUUAGAGCCGAGCUGUCAGCAUUCUGCUGCGUUUGCUGAAAAUAAAAUGUCCCUGAGAUGUGAAAGUCUAUUUUGAAGGUAAAUUCCUGUCAAGUGCAGUGACCUGGAGCCCCGUUAUUUGCACUUUUUGCACUUUGUUACCUUCUAUCUACCUUUUCGACCGGCGCUGAUAUGGGCCGUUACUGUGUCGCUGUCAUGGACCGGGUAAAAAGAAGUGGGUCCAGUGUUUACUGAUUGGAAUCAAUCAGCUGGGACGUAGAGUCAUUUUUCUCAUAGACUUCUAUGCAAUCCAAUUGAAUUUGACACCCGAGAGCAGUCGCCCCCUGCUGGACGUUAGAAAGAAAGACAGCUGGAGGCUCUUCAGCAUUGGCUUCACUUUCCAGGAGACCACGUCCACUUCUUCUGUGUGUGUUCUAUCUUUGGAAUAUAUUUAUGUUUCACGAAACAAAAGAUAAGCCUUGUGGUUAUACUGAUAUACUUGAUGUGUCGACUCUUUAAAUGAUACAACUUUACAGCCUUCCUAUGUGAUUUUAUCGAUUUGAGUGACUUUUUUGUGAUAUUAAAUCAAUACUAUCUUCAAAUAAAGUUGACU